GAUUUUUCUUGGUUUAGCUGAGACAAAGAUAAAAAAAACAUGGGUUGCUUUCGUCUUAAAGGAAAAUCACGCAAAAAAUCGGACAGCAACCUCUCUAAUAGCCGUGUCGAGAAGCCUAUCAUUCUCACUGUUGCUGAAAAAGUCAAAGUUGAUUUGAAUGUAAAUGGAGAAGGAGAAGAUAAUUCUAAGGAUGAUAAACUUUAUCUGGACGUGAAGAAUUUGAAUUUAAAUGAGGUUUCCAAGGAUGGAAAACCAAACGGUUGCCGGGCACAGACGUUUACGUUCGAUGAGCUUGUAGCUGCCACAGGGAAUUUUAGGUCAGAUUGCUUUGUGGGCGAAGGAGGGUUCGGCAAGGUUUAUAAGGGGCACAUAGAGAAAAUAAACCAGGCUGUAGCUAUAAAGCAACUCGACCCUCAUGGGCUUCAAGGAAUUAGGGAAUUUGGUGUUGAAGUUUUGACACUGAGUUUGGCAGACCACCAUAAUCUUGUCAAAUUAAUUGGGUUUUGUGUGGAGGGAGAGCAGAGGCUAUUGGUUUAUGAGUACAUGCCAUUGGGAUCUUUGGAGAACCAUUUGCAUGAUCUUUGGCCCGGAAGAAAACCACUUGAUUGGAAUACUAGAAUGAGAAUAGCAGCUGGUGCAGCUAGAGGUUUGGAGUAUAUGCAUGAUAAAAUGAAGCCUCCCAUCAUAUACCGUGACCUGAAAUGCUCCAACAUUUUGUUAGGCGAGGGAUAUCAUCCCAAGUUAUCUGAUUUUGGCUUGGCAAAAUUAGGCCCAAGUGGUGAUAAGACUCAUGUUUCAACAAGGGUUAUGGGGACAUAUGGGUACUGUGCACCAGAUUAUGCAAUGACUGGCCAAUUGACAUUCAAGUCUGAUAUUUAUAGCUUCGGGGUUGUUCUUUUGGAGAUAAUCACAGGCAGGAAGGCCUUCGACCAAACAAAAUCUGCUAAAGAAAAAUAUCUAGUUGUAUGGGCAAAGUCCUUACUCAAAGACCGGAGAAGAUUCUCAGAGAUGGCUGAUCCAUUGCUUCAAGGUCAAUAUCCAGUCAGAGGUUUGUAUCAAGCUCUUGCUAUUGCUGCUAUGUGUGUUCAAGAGCAGCCUAAUAUGCGGCCUCCUAUAGCUGAUGUGGUUACAGCUCUAAAUUACCUUGCUUCCCAGAAAUAUGAUCCCCAAAUUCACCCAAUACAAAGCUCUACAAGAGGUCCAUCUUCACCAAGAGGGAGAUGUAGUCGUCAUAGACGUAUUAGUAGUUGUGGUUCUGAGACAGACAGAUCUGGAAGUGGAGAUUAGAAAAAUGGAGUUU